AUGGAGACGUGCAGCAGUAUCAACACUCUGAGUCUGGACACCAUAAUGCCGGGACCAGAAGACUAUGCCAUCGAGUCCUUGGCCACGUCUCUGAUGGGAGGGACGGCCGAAGCUACAACCGAAACUUUCUACACAGGCGACCAACAAGGAAUCGGUUACAUCCUCGAUAUCGUGGGCGAGCCAAGCGUGAUAUCACAACAUUAUGGCCUGCCAUACAUGGCCGCCACCCACCAAAUGAUGCCCCAAGAUGUGGCAUAUGUUCGUUCCAAGGGCGUCUUCUCAGUGCCGAGUGAGCCGGUUUGUGAGGCGCUGUUGAAAGCAUACUUCAACCACAUCCAUCCAAUACUACCAGUAGUCGAUGCCGUGGCUGUUCUUACAACAUUCCGCAAUGGCGGCGCCUCCGCCAUCAACUUGCUGCUCCUGUGGAGUAUGUUUUCUGUAGCAGCUAGUUGCUUCUAUGACAAUGGAUGCGAGAAAGACCGCAUUAUCAUCAUCCAAUCCGUUAGCCUUCUGGCUUUCUGGUACUCGGACUUGGCGGAGCGGACAGACUCGUGGCACUGGAUGGGUAUCGCUAUCAGCUUAUGUCAAACGCUGGGUCUGAACCGCGACCCUGACCGUGGCCACUACAACAAGAGCCUAUCAGACCGGCAACGCCAGUUAUGGCGGCGUAUCUGGUGGAGCUGCUUCUACCGUGACCGCUGGCUCAGCUUCGCUAUGGGUCGCCCCAUGCGCAUUCACGCCUGGGAUUGUGACACCCCCAUGCCUUCAGCUGAAGAUUUGACCGACGACGUUAACGAGUUGCCGCCACGGAUCCAGACGAGGUACAUGCCUUCGGACUUCAAUCAGCUGGCCAACCAGUGGAUAGUCCUCCUGCACCUCAGCAAGGCGCUGGGUAGCAUCUUGUACGAGAACUACAGUCCCACUAGACAGCUGCCCUCACGGACCUGGAUCGAAGCAACUGAAGAGGAACUGGGUCGCUGCAUCGCACAAGCUGGCGAACAGCCUGCGAGUAGCAGUCCUGCCUUGUCCUUCUACUUCCAUCACCUGCAGCUUCAUUACAAUGCUGCAACUAUUGCCUUGUGGAGGCCACAUUGCAACAAGAUCACCGCAGACAUUCCGGCAGACCAGAAGUCUGCUUGGUCUAGGCAUGUGAGCCAGAAAAUCCAGACGGCCGCAACGAACACGAACAACGUUCUGGAAAGGAUCAUCAGCGAGCAACUGGUCAGCUACAUAGGACCCAUGACAGUUCCUGUGCUUGUGCCAGCUAUGACUGGGCAUCUUGGCGAGGCCAAGUCGUCGGACCCUCUCCAGAAGCAACUGAGCCUCAAUAGGCUCAACAUAUUCAUGAUGGUCUUGAGGAGGAUCCAGGAUGUCUAUUCCUCGGCGACUUUCAUCCACGGCCUAUUCUCACAGGCCAUCGAGAAAAUGACCGCGCCGGAGCACUACUAUCCGGGGCAGACCCCAUCAACUGGUUCCAUGGUAAAAUCAAAUGGUCAUCUGGGAAUAUCGAUAGAUCCUCAUUGGGACUUCAACUUCGAGGUUUGGGACACAGCCCCCCACUACAGUGACGUUGGUAUAGAUACAGAUGGCAGCUCCUCAUGA